GAACGUACGUUUUACGUUACUUUUUGUAAAUGUGCGUUACAUGAUUAAACGAGUCAAACCGGACACAACUUACAAUUUGUAAACUAACAGUGCAGGCGACUCUGAUUAUCCGGGCCGUAUAAGCCGUGAAUUUACAGCAGCCAACACCGUGGCAGCUUUUUACAGAGCCGUGCUCUGUUGUUAUUAUUUUCCAUCAUUACGCCUCAGCAAUAGCAAAAUGAACAUCAACCGGGGCUUCCUUAACGUCAUGAUCCUCAGUUGGGGAUUCAUGCUGGUGUUCACUGCUUUCCAAACGAUGGGCAACAUACAAAAAACCGUACUGGAAAGCAUAAGCGAAGACGACCCGGACUUCCACGGUGAGGGCUACCUCAGCUUGUCGAUAAUCUACGCGAGCUUCGCCCUGUGCAACUGGCUGGCCCCGUCCUUCAUAUCGAUGACCGGUCCCCGCACGAGCAUCGUUGUGGGCUGCUCGUGCUACGUCUUUUUCAUCGCGUCGUUCCUCUGGCCGCGCACCGAGCUCCUCUACUUCGCCUCGGCCUUCGUCGGCAUAGGUGCGGCCCUCGCGUGGACCGGACAGGGCCUCUUCCUCACGAUCAACAGCGACGGCCGGACCAUGUCCCGGAACUCGGGCCUUUUCUGGGCCAUAUUCCAGUCGUCCCUAUUCAUCGGCAACAUCUUCGUGUUCUUUGCCUUCCGCGAGCCGAAGAUCAACGCCCACCAGCGCAGCCUCGUCUUCAAGGUCCUCACCGGGGUGUCGGUGGCCGGGCUCGGGUUGCUCUUUGCCCUGCGCAGGCCACCCCAGCCGUCGAGCCUGGGCCCAGCCGAGGGGGUAUCCAGUGCCGACAAGGAACUCCAGAUACCCGAACAGCCGAAGGAGCGGCCCUUGCCCGCGGCGUGGAGGGCCUUCGGGGACGCAGUCGCGCUGUUCUUCACGGCCCGGAUGCUCGUGCUGACGCUCACCUUUAUUUACACGGGCCUCGUGCUGACCUUCCUGUCGUCCGUGUACUCGUCGAGCAUCGGCUUCACCAAGGCCAUGGGCGAUGACCGCAAGAGGCUGAUCGGACUGUCGGGCAUUUGCAUCGGCAUUGGUGAGGUCUUCGGUGGGGCCAUGUCAGGAUUGCUCGCGUCCAGAUGUCGCUCUGGCUGCGGGGACUCCGGCACGUCCGUGGUGCUCGCUGGGUUUGGGACCCACCUAUUCUCGUUCCUCGUGGCUCUGCUCAAUCUGCCCAACAGCGCCCCUUUCCAGGAACGUUUAUUAAGGCUGGUCUAA